AUGGCGAGCGCGAUCUCCUACCGCUGGGCGCUCGACGCGCAGGGAGCGGAAGCGAAGCCGAUGCAGGGGGGCUCGGGCGACGUGCCGCCCGCUUCUGGGACGGAAAGUGUCGCGAUCGACCAAAAUUCGCAAGGCCACGCAGCACUGGCCGACAGCUUGGACGCUGCGCGCGCACGCCUCAAUGAGAUCGUGACGUGCUGGAAAGACGCUGUGGGCGUGGAACCGGACUCUACUAUGGGCCGCAGCAACCAGGCUUCGAUGACGACUACAGAGGGCAACGACGAAGAAGAGGAUGAAGAGGAUGACGACGAGGAAGACGACGCCUAA